CGCCCCGCUCCGCCCCGCGCUGCGGCCGAGCCGAUGGCGCCUGCGGCGGGGCGCUGGGCGCCGGCCCUGUGGAGGGCCUGCAACUGGCUCAUGGCCGCCUUCUUCGCGCUGGCCGCCGCGGUGCAGGUAAAUGAUCCAGAUGCAGAAGUCUGGACGGUGGUGUAUAUGAUACCUGCGGUACUGACUCUGCUUGUUGGACUUAACCCCCUUGUCACAGGGAACUUUAUUUGGAAGACUGUCUCUACAAUGCACAUAUUCUUCUGUAUCUCGUGGGCUGUCGGCUUGGCGUACUACCUCAUGCUUCAUACACAACAGAACAUCAUACAUGAGGAAGAAGGCAGGGAGCUGUUUGGUCUGGUGAUUAUUACAGCAUGGAUGAGCCUAUGCCACAGUUCAUCAAAGAAUCCAGUUGGUGGACGAGUUCAGUUGGCUAUUGCUGUUGUGAUUGCUCUUUUCCCACUUAUCUCCUGGAUCUACAUAUAUGUACACAAGGAGAUGCGAUCCUCCUGGCCAACUCACUGCAAGACAGUAAUUUAAAUGAAGUCAAGAAUCCUGUUCUUAAAAUGAGAAUUUCCAUUUUUUAUAAACAUGGUUGUAACAAGCCAGUUUCCUAGGAGUUAAUU